AAUCGAUCGAGUGAAUUCGAGUGGUGUUGGUUCUUGGUUUAUUUUGCGAAUUUUACAUAAAAUGAAAACUAAUUCGGCUAAUUAAAGAAAAGCGACAAAAUGGCAGAGAGCAACGUCGUUAUUAAAAAGGAAAUCGAGGACGACGAGCCGUUCCCUUCGUACUGUGACACAGAAUUAAAUAGUGUCCCAAAUUCCGCGAACUACUAUGAAAGAUCUACCGAAUUUGUUAAAAUUGAGAGAAGCUAUAGCCCUUUAAGGCAAAUCAAAGAAGAGCCCCUAGACUUGACCCCUGAGCGACCCCCGGCGUGCCGUCCGGACAGCCCGCAGGAACCGGACAGCACCACGGACACCAUCAAGGUAGAAGAACGGACACAGCACACUCAGAUAGAGUUGGAGCUGAUCCCUGAGGAUUGUCAUAGUCAAGAACAGCCCGAGAAAUCGCAGAUUAAACAUUUAUCGUCAGAAAAACAGCGAAGAAAUGAGUUGAAGCAAAAGUACGUCACUGACAACGGAAAAUUCACCUGUCUGAUUUGCCGAAAGAUCUACAUGACCAAAGCUAGCAUCAUUCGUCAUCUGCUCUCCCACACAGACGAAGAUUUCAAAAACCCACCCCACCCCCAAGACUUGAUCUACAAGUGUGAAUUAUGCGGCAAAACGUUUAAAAGUUCAGCUAAUUUAAUGCAGCACAACUACAUACAUUUAGACAAAAAACUAUUCAAGUGUGAUCAAUGUGAUCGCUCCUUCACUCUAAAAUCGAAUCUUAUAAGACACCAAGGGAAAAGCCAAUGCAAGUUGCCUGAUACACCGCUGGUCUGUCAUCUGUGCAACAAGAAGUUUCCUAAAAGUUCGUUACUGACAAGUCAUUUGAAAAAGCAUUCAACGGAAAGGCCCUUCGGUUGUGACAUGUGUGGAAUGAAUUUCAAGUACAAAAGCACUUUAAUUAGACAUGUCCAACAUCACAACGGAUUUAAGCCGUUCUCUUGCAAUAUAUGCAACAAAACAUUCACACACUUCGGUCUGAUUAAACCUCAUAUGAGAAUGCACACUGGUGAGAAACCAUAUGCUUGUCCGGUGUGCUCCAAAAAGUUUUCUCACAAACACAAUAUGUUGAGGCAUUCGGUGAGGCACGAUAAAAUUGUAAAUCUAAACUGCCCGGUGUGCAAUAAGGCAUUUCCUAAAGAAAGCCGUCUGAAAUACCAUAUGAGAACCCACAUGGACAUCAAGUGUUUUGCAUGUGCUAUUUGCCCGAAGAAAUUCUCACACAGACAGAACGUAAUCAGACAUUAUUCAAGAAAACAUCCGGAUAAAAUCUAUGAGAGUGCAGAGACCGAUGCAAGUGUGGCCCUCAAGUUGUGGAACGAAGUGAAAAACAACAAAAUACCUCUACCUACCUUAGAUACGAACAAACGUAAAGUUAGAAUUUAUAAAAAUAAAGCCGAUCAAACUGACAAUAAUCAUGAUGUCAACGCAAAUGAAGCAGAAGAAAUAUUGCCAGAUGUAAAAAAGCCUGAGAUUGCGUUCGAGACGGUUAAUAUUAAAGUAGAAUGUGAAACGGAUAGUGAUUGAACAAAUAAUAAGAAUAGUCUACGUAUGUACAAAUAGUACUACUUUAUUAUUUUUCCCCUAUUACUUUAAAAACUGUAUAAUGGCGAUUAUGGUUUGAUCUUCAUGAAAAUUGAAAAAGUUAUUUUUCAAAAACCUUAGUGAUAUUAAUUUAUUUUAUUCAAUGCAGAUAUUAGUGAUUUUUUUUCUACCCUAUGUAAGUAAAAGUAUUAUAAACUACAUUGUAAAACGGGUGUAAUGUUAACUAGUAGUGUUGCCGAAUUACGAUAAAUACCGAUAGCAUAUCGAUGGUAUCGAUACUACCGAUAUUCUUAUAUUUUUUACUAUGACACUACCCUACUCUACUGUACACUCAAUGGUGUGUGUCGUAGGAUAAUUUAUUAAAAAGUGAACUGUAUAGGUUUUUUGUUAUAAAAAUUGAUGAAGGUAGAUCAGAGCGCUUAGUGUGAGUUUAAAUCAAACGUCCUCAUUAGUGAGCGCGUAAAAAAUGUCAUUAAAUGCAUGACGGAUUGUACAGCGCCCCUAGCGGAAACUUUCAAGAACUAAAAUUUUCAUAUAUUUUUUUAAGGCGCUCACUAGUGAGAACGUUUGAUGUUAACACACUAAGCCUUCAGUCCUCGCAAUACAAACAGGUAAUCUGAGCAUCACCUACCUUAAAGUCGACCCGAUCCACGGACAGAAGGCAAACUGCAGACGCUCGAAGUUCAGCGGUGGAGCACUGAUGAUGUUGAUAUGAUGAUGCACGUUUACACUACACUCGCGAACAAUCACAAAAAACACGCUCUUUCGGAGUGAACCUCACUAGUAGAAUUAAUUUAAAGAAGUUCUAACGCGAUUUAAACUAACUCAAAUUAUCCAACGCGAAAGUUUAAAAUUAAUAUUGUCAUUAAUAGACUUGCAAAACGUGCGCGACACACGUGUGUGCGCAUUGAGCGUGCCCGGGCAACUGCAGCAACUGAGGCUUGCUCCGACCGUUAAUGACGGUAGGAAAAUAAAGUUGGCGAAGCAAAUAUGCGAUUACCCACCAAUAUAAGAUUUUUAACUUACGCGUUCCAUUUCAACUUGUGACGAUUCUACACGCUAAUAUUUUUACAAGUUCUGAACAGUCAUUUUUAAGCAUUGGUAUCGAUUUUAUUGACUAGUUAUUGAUAAAACUAUCGAAUAUUAUCGGCAACACUUAAUAUUAGGUAGGUCUGACACUGAGUAAAUGCUUCCUUUGUUUAUAAUACGUGUCGAAAAUAUAUUAAAGUUUACUAUUUAUUAUUCUUACAUAAUUUUGAUUUCUCAUUUUGAGCCACUGCCUACGUGAUCGUAUCGUAUUUACUAGUUAUCCGAUUUCAAAUCGAUAGCGAAUAAAACUCUUCUAAAUGUUUACGAAUAAAUCGUUAGAAUUCGAUUAAAUAAAUUGGUAUAAAAAACAUAGGCAGUGGCUUAGUUGUAAAAUCAGAAAUUGUCCAUAACUUUCACUAUUUAUUAAACAACUUAACUAUAAGAUUAGAUGUUGCUACAGAUAUAUUUAAAUA